AUGAGCGAGGAGUGUGCUAACCCCUUACUUUUGGGGUGGAUUAAGGAAUGGCUGGACCAGGCUCGAGAGCGAAACAGCAAAGGCGUGACCGUGUACAAGAAGGCAUAUGAUUCCAUGAAGGCAUGUCCAUUGCAAUUUCAACAUCCUUCACAGGCUCAGCAAUUAAACGGACUGGGUCCAAAGUUAUGUGACCGGUUAACAGAUAAGCUCAAGGCUCACUGUGACGAGAAUGGCCUACCUAUGCCGGCGCCACCAGAAAAAGGUGGUAAACGCACAUCUGGCGGUGACGAGGAACAGCCGGCCAAGAAACCCAGGAAAACCAAGCCAUAUGUGCCUACAUUGCGAUCUGGUCCAUAUGCGUUAAUUCUCGGCUUGGGAACUCAAAGUGAAAAUUCGUCGCAGGGCAUUACCAAGGCGCAAUUGAUCGAAAUCGCCCAGCCAUACUGUGACAGUUCGUUCACGGCGCCUCCAGAUCCCACGAAGUUUUACACUGCGUGGAAUUCAAUGAAGACUCUCAUUCAGAAAGAUCUCGUCUGCGAGCACGGCCGUCCAACUAGGAAAUAUCUCCUCUCGGAAGAAGGCUGGGAAGUGGCCAAACGUCUCCAGCGGACAUUGCCUGGGGCCUCGCAAGCCUCGACAUCAGGCCCAACCACCGAGUCCCAACAGAGCGCGACAAGUGAUCGCAACCUACUGGAAGAAGAGGAGCCCUUACAAGAGCCCGAAGAAACCUUGAGCAAGGAAGACAUUGACAACAUCGAACCCAUAAUGCUCCCACCGAAGAGCUUCACAAUCCAGCUCGUUCUGGACACCCGCGAAGUGCGCACAUCCACGGACCGCGACUACAUUUCCGGCGAAUUAAUAAAACAAGGCAUCACCCCUCAAGUGCGCGCAUUGGAAGUUGGAGACGCCAUGUGGGUAGCUAAAUGCAACGAUCCUGAAUACCUCGCUCGUCACGGCGAAGAAAGUGACGAGGUGAUGCUCGAUUGGAUCGUGGAGCGAAAGCGCCUUGAUGACUUGGUUGGAUCCAUUAAAGAUGGUCGCUUCCAUGAACAAAAGUUCCGUCUCCGCCGUUCCGGAAUCAAAAAUGUCAUCUACUUGAUUGAAGAAUUUGCUGUCACACAUGCCGACUCUACCAGCGGGAGCGCGGCGCAGUAUCAAGAGAUGGUUGCUUCGGCCAUUGCCUCGACGCAAGUCCUCAACGAAUACUUCAUCAAAAAGACGAAGCACUUGGAUGAGUCGAUUCGAUACCUGGCGCGUAUGACUCUUCUGUUACGGAGGAUGUACGGGGUGGAAGACCCUCCUUCAAACCCAGAUGGAAAUAGCAAUGCGACUCCCAGCGGUCCUGCGGGCCAAGUCUCCAAAAUUGGAUUGAUUCCCGGGCGUCGCCUCGCCAACGAUUCGUAUCUCACCAUCCUUGACAAAUUUCGCUCUCGAGACUCGUCUACUACUUACGGUGUUUCAUUCGUGAUCUUUUCUGCCCUCACAUCUAAAUCAGAUACCCUAACUCUGCGUGAUGUAUUCUUGAAAAUGCUCAUGUGUACACGCGGUGUGACGGGCGAAAAGGCACUUGAAAUUCAACAGAUUUGGCCAACGCCUCGACAUUUGAUGGAGGCGUACGCUAGCUUGGAUCCUAAAGAACGGGAUUCGAUGAUAGUGACAAGGAUGGCGGAAGUCGUCGGGCGAAAGAAAGUUGCCAAAGACCUCAGCAAGCGCAUCGCUGAGAUUUGGGGACAAUCAAGUUGA